AUGGGCACAUACGGACGAGGUCCGCUCCUACUCGGAGUGACCUGGGCAGAAACGGCCCUGACAUUGGUUCUGUUCGCACUGCGAGCCAGAACCGCCUCCUUCUGUCCCCCGGAAAGCCUUCCAGGCAUCUGCGGCCUACGAUGGGAUUUUGUUUGGGUGGUACUUGCCUUGACCCUCGCCCUAGCAGCACAAUGUACAAUGACCGUCAGCGUCCGAUACGGACUGGGAAUGCAUCAGGACCAACUCUCUAGCUACGAGCUGAUCCAGACCAAUUUCUGGAGCUGGAUCAGUCAGGUACUUGCGAUUCUGGACUUUGCCGUGGCCCGAUGCGCUGUCAUCGCCUUCCUGCUGGCUCUACAGGCUCGCACCCCUCGCCAUCGUCGCGGCAAAUGGGUCCUCCUGCUCGUGGGCGCCGUCCAGCUGGGCAUAAAUGUAGCCGAGAUAGGCAUCAUUUUCCACCAGUGUGAUCCGCCCCAGAAGUUGUGGGAUACGGCGGUGCCAGGGAAAUGUGACUGGAUUGAGAUUUGUUUGCAUAUUGGGUAUUUUCAGGGGGCGGUUGGUGCCGCGGCAGAUAUCUUCCUCGCUUUCUACCCCAUAUACAUCAUCGGGCGACUCCAGCAGAUGAGACGAUCAUUAAAGGUUGGACUAUGUUUACUGAUGAGCGGAGGGACCAUGUCAGUAUCCCUGAUAAUUCAACCAAAAGAUUUGAGCAGCCAAACUAAUAUGUUCAGAGCCGGCAUCGCCGGUAUCAAUAAAACUGUGGCGAUUGCCAACAUCACCGAAACCGCCGACCAGACCUAUGCCAUCGCCCAGCUGAACAUCUGGGUUCUGACCGAAAUGUGGUUCAUUUUGAUCUUCGGCUCCAUCCCCGUACUGCGGCCCUUCUUUGUGCGCUUCUCCCAGAGUAUCAAGGGGUAUUCCAGCUCGCGCAGUGGGCCGCGUCGCACAUGGGCAUCCAGUGAAGGAAUGACGAUAUUCGACGAUAUUGCCACCGUCCAACAACUGGCCCAGGCCGAGGCCAUCGGGGACCGUCAUGCUCACGGUCGACUGUUGAGUGCCAUUCGCCAGCUGCAGUUAACAGCAGAAACUCCGGUUGAGACGACCUCUCGAUUGAACUUUCAGAUCAUGCAGAAUAUCUGCGUCCGAGUCGCCAUCGAGAGACGUUUUCUGCAUGUUAUCGUUGAAGAGGGACCCAUCACAGCGACGGAGAUGGCGCACCGCACAAACACCAAUGAGCUGUUGAUUGUCCGUGUCAUGCGUGUCUUGACAGCCAUUGGCUUUGCCGAUGAAACGGGGCAUCAGACAUACACUCCUAACGAAGUUACUCGGUUUGAGAUUCUUCCGGGUUCAAUUGCUGCAGUGAAACACCAUUUCGAGCCGGAUUUCGGCAUGGGCGCAAAGUUAAUCGACUAUUUUCGCGGUCCCGGAGUCUCCCAAUUCGCUGACGAACCGGACCAAAUCACCCUCUUCCGAUACGCACAUGGCUUCGACAAGAUCUUUGGCAUGCUAGAAGUAAACCCAGAGCAGAAGGACGCUUUUGACGGGUACAUGGCUGCUCGACGACUGGUCCAUCAACCGCAGUGGUUUGAGAUCUACCCAGCUGCAGAAAAGCUACGCAGUGCGCCUCCGGAAGAGCUGGACAAUGCUGCAUCCCCGGAUGUUGCUCUUCUUGUUGAUGUAGGAGGUGGACCGGGUCAGGAGAUGGAGAGAUUCAGACAGCGAUAUCCCGAGAUUCACGGAAGAAUUGUCUUGCAGGAUCUGCCAUUGACGCUGAAUCGGAUCGAGAAGGUCCCGGAGGGGAUCGAACUAAUGGAGCAUGAUUUUUUUACUCCGCAGCCCGUGAAAGGAGCAAGGGCAUACUUCUUCCGUCAAGUUAUCCACAACUGGUCAGAUGCGAAAAGCACGCAGAUCCUGUCUCAUAUCGCUGAUGCCAUGGAUGAAUAUUCAACGCUGCUAAUUGACGAUUACGUUCUUCCUGAUACCGGUGCGGAACUACGUGCUGCAGAAAUGGAUAUUCUAAUGUGGCUGCACACAGCGGGUCUGGAAAGGACAGUGUCGCAGUGGAAGAACCUGUUUCAUACUGCAGGGCUCGAGCUGGUGAAGAUCUGGAAUACAGAUAAGGGGGAGGAGUCGGUGCUGGAAGUUAGAAAGAAGAAACCUAACAUCCGUGCCUAA